GCUUUAGUGAGUGUUUUUCAUGGUUGGAGGCGAAAUGGGGUUUGUGACGAUAUUUGAGCGUUUAAUGCUAUAAACACACAGACUUCCCUCCCUCUGGCAUAUGGAUGGCUCCCAGGGACGCUUUGCAUGUAAAUAUUCAUAGUGUGAUGGGAUGGGCGAUUAAUUAUUAAGUAAAGCAUAGAACUGUAGUACUUGAAUUUGUUUUUUAUUUUCUGCACCGAGCAGAACAUUCAUUGGAUUUUGGCUGGGGGGGGUUUCCAACUUUGUCUUGGCACUCGGCCCUUUGCGAGCUGCUCCUGCACGUGCUCUGUAACCUCCCGCCGGUCAGCUUCGCCCGGCGGGGGCUGUAACCUCUAUACCUGGAAGUACUCUUGGUGUAUGAUUGUACUCUCCAGCCGGUAGAGCCGGGGAGCAGCUCGCCUAAUUGCUUUAUCACCUUUUUGGUUUCUUUCCAUGUUUCUUCUUCAUUCAAAACGAUCCGAGCAGAACAUUGAAAGAGCUCAAUUUAAAAGUGUGUGUGAAAUAAAGGGAAAAAGGGGCUGGAAGCUAUUUUAGAUAAACCUGGUCCGUAAGACGUAGUACGCGUUGAAAAGGUAUUGUUGUUGUUUUAUUUUUGUUGGUGGAAUAAGUUGAUUUUACAGCACAAUAAGCAGGCUGAACUGUUCCACUAUUUUGUUUCUGUUUUGUAUUUCAAGCUCCUUUUGUUCUGUGUCCCUGUGCCUGCCCUGGUCCCACGUCUUUAUGUUCCCUCCCUGUCGCCAUGUCUUGUGUUAAGUUCAUGUCUGUGCAAACCUGUUGUAUUUCCUGUUUUAUCUUAAGGUCUCCGUCUCAUGUGAGUGUUCUCAGCUUUACGUCUGUGUCUCGUCGGCCCUGACUUCUCCCUCCUGUCUCCCAACCCAUGAUUACUAUACUACUAUACUACUUUUACUGCCUUACUUUCAGUUAAUGUAUUUUGUUUUGCAUUAUGCACAUUUUAUAUGCCAUUAGGUCAUUUAUUGUAACAAUUCUCAAGUAGGAACUAUUGUGCUACAUGUUGGUUCCACUGGUGCACCUGAGGGAGAUGCACACCCAUGUUGAUGUGAGCAUGGCAAAUCGAAGCGAGAGAAGCUAAUUUAAGUCAGAGUAGUUCGUCUCUUAAAGUAUCUGUAAAGCGCUCAUUUCUGCCUCAAGGCAUGGGUCAGCCAGCGAGGUAUGUUUAUAUGUCAUAUAGAUCAUUUUAUGUCUUUAUUUCACUCGUCUUACUAUUUCAUCGAAUUGUAUGUUAUGUUUUAGUUCAACGGUGGCGUAGUUGUGAUUAAGAUGAAGCUGUAACAACCCCAAGACCUUACAACGAACAUUAAAGACAACUUCAUGCCAUCAGUAAAAGGACUCUUUAUUGACGUUAAGAAGAGGUAGAAGUGAUAGUCGAACUCGGACCUGCAUGAUUCCCGGCCCCCUGGUGGUGACAUCGUGCCAAUGCACCAAGGAUCAAGCUGCUGUAAAUGUUAAUGGACACACAGGUUCACAGUUGCUUCUUCAUAAAGACGUCCAGAAGCCAGACAUUAAAGUUCAUGUUUGGAAAGAUGACACAAGGAGGGAGAAACAAUAAGGAACUGUGUUAAGCCUGACAACAACAGCAUCACAAGUUAGCAAGAAGGGAAUUAAUGCACCCAAGUUCACAAUUCAUUACUCAAGUCAAGUUAAAAGGAGAUUUUGCAUCAACAAAUAAGUGCAUUACAAGAAAAACAAAAUGUCAGACACAAAUGAGACAGAAAUUGAAGUCCCCAGUGCAGAACAAGCUGCAAGGCAAGUGGAUGAAAACUCUUUAGAGCAAACAGUGCAAAUAGAGCAACGUAGAAUUGAAAGGCCUCGCAUGCUCACAGAAAAAGGAGAAGAAUUCCAUAAAGAAAAGUUACAAGGGCUGCAACGUCGCUUUGACAGUAUUUAUGACAGAUGGAAAGCAUUAAUCAAAGUGGCAAAAAAAUCUGUUAUAAAAGGAGAUCCAGCUGACAUUCUUGAAGGUCACAUGAAUGUUGUACAAAGAGAAGCAGCCGAGCUUAAUGAUAUUUAUGAUGAAUACAGAGCAAUGGAUGGACCACCUCAUGAUAUGCGUUCCAAGCUAGACAAAUGCACAUCAGUGACUACAGUAGUUUUGCAAAAGAUCAAAUGUCACAUUAAAGGAGAAACUCAAGAGGAGAUUGUAUGGCCUGAUGCAGGCUCUAUAUUUACAUCCUCUAGCUCUGUUAGUGUCUCAGUUCAUAGUCCAUUUAAAGCCAAUACAGUUCUCUCUAAUGGUUCCUCCUCCAAAAGACAAGAAGCUGCAGCAGAGUAUGAAGCCACAAAGGCUGUGCUUCAGAUAAUGACAGAACAAGAGAAGUACAGAGAAAGAAUGCAAAUGCUUGAAGAAGAAGACAAACGCAUAUCCGCAGAGCAAGAAGCUGCUGCAAUGUCACAACGUCUUCUAGAGGAAAGGGAGGAAACUGAGCGCAAGUUACAAAGAGAAAAGGAGAAAGCGGCCGUGAUAAAGAGACAACAUGAGGAAAGUGCUGCAAGGAGAAAGUCAGUUGAGGACUUAAGAAGAGAAAUUGAAAGAUUGGAAAAUCUGAAAGGACUCAAAGCAGCACAGGCAAAACUACAAGUUUAUGAGGAAGACUACGUUUCAGUAAAGCAAGAAAGAGUCGCUCUAAACCCUGCAAAAUUACAGGUAACAGAGUCCAAGAAUACUGCUAAUCAACCCUUACAACCACGAAGAGAGUUAAAUGUCACUUAUGAGAGCACAGGUGAGCUUGUAAAGGUUUUGGCAGAAGCGAUGUCAGCUAAUAGACUGCCUAUUCCAGAGCCCUCGGUAUUUAGUGGGGACCCACUUAAGUUUAAGCAUUGGAAGGCAUCCUUUCAGACUCUAAUAGAGAGAAAGAACAUUCCCACUGCCGAAAAGAUAUUUUUUCUACAGAAGUAUGUUGGUGGCUGUGUUAAGGAAGCCUUAGAUGGCUAUUUUCUGAUUGGCUCUGAAGACUCAUAUGAGGCAGCAUGGAAUAUGCUCAAUGAACGUUAUGGAGAGCCUUUUGUCAUUGCUAAGGCCUUUAGAGACAAGUUACACACCUGGCCAAAGGUCACAGGAAAGGAUAGUGCAGAGCUAAGAAAGUUUGUGGACUUUUUACAAAGCUGCCAAUCUGCAAUGACUAAUAAUGAGAAUCUGAACAUUCUCAAUGAUGGCAUUGAGAAUCAAAGACUUGCUGCUAAACUACCAGAUUGGUUAAGAAACAGGUGGAACCGAAAGGCUACAGAGUACCAGCUGGAGCACAAAAGAUUCCCAUGUUUCAGUUACUUUGUAACAUUCCUGUCAAUGGAGGCAAGUAUCGCAUGUAAUCCCAUUACAUCAUACCAAGCCAUAAGACAAAGUGACUUUGACCAACCAAAGACAAAACCUCAACCUACACCAUUUCCUAAGAGACAAGAUACAGUGAAAAUCUUCACAACUAACUCUACUGAAAGAAGCAUGGUCUCUUGUUUUUUUUGUAAAAGAGCAGGACACGGCUUACACAAGUGUCGUAAGUUCACUGAGAAACCUGUCGCUGAGAGAGUCAAAUUCAUUCAAGGUGAAAAAUUAUGUUUUGGCUGUUUAAAUAGUGGCCAUCUCUCCAAGAACUGCAGCAACAAGAUGACAUGCAACACAUGCUCAAAACGGCAUCCUACAUGCCUGCAUGAAGAAAGACAAAAGCAAGAGACAAAGAAAGAACCGCCUAAAGAGCAACAAGUAAGUGAACUGAAGGAAACCCAGCAGCAGGUAACACAGUCACAAGACACAGUCAAUGAGACCACAUCUAACAGAGUGACUCAUGAAAGUAAAAACACACAGACAUCUGCAAUAGUCCCAGUCUACGUAUCCACACAAAAUGAGCCAAGUAAAGAAGUACUGAUCUACGCUCUGCUGGACACACAGAGUGAUUCUUCAUUUAUUCUUAAUGAAGUAGCAAAUAAUUUGGACACAACCAAAACUCAAGUUAAGCUCAAUCUAUCUACUAUGUCAUCCAAGAAAACCACUGUACCCUGCACAAAACUUGAAGCUCUGCAAAUAAGAGGACUGUUUUCCAAGAAGAAACUCACUGUACCAGUUGUUUACACACGGGACUUUAUACCCGCUAAUCGUAGUCAUAUUCCUACUCCAGACACUGCAAGGGCAUGGCCACAUUUGGAGCAUCUCACUGAACAUAUUGCCCCCCCUUUGGACUGUGAAAUAGGACUCCUGUUAGGGUACAACUGCACACAAGCCUUAAUGCCCAGAGAGGUCGUAUGUGGUGAAGAAAACCAGCCGUACGCUCAGAGAACAGAUUUGGGUUGGAGCAUCAUCAGCUACUGUGAUUCAUGUGACACGGGUAAUGAUGUAAUUGGAGUAAGUCACCGCAUCAUUGUAAAACAGGUUAUACCAGAGACUGAGCCACCCACAAAACUAAAGAAUAAGGUUCAUUACAUCUGCAAGACGAAGGUAAAGGAAGUAACAUUUCCAGAUGUAAUCAAAGCACUUGAAUCAGACUUUACAGAGAGAGCAGUGGAAGAGACAAGCAUUUCGCAAGAAGAUGUCCGCUUUAUUACAAAGCUACAAGAAGGAAUAAAGCAAAAGCUAGAUGGACACUAUGAAAUGCCACUGCCUUUCAAAAGCGACAGGCCAGAUCUUCCCAAUAACAUGCCAAGUGCAAUGCAAUGUUUAAGUAGUCUCGAACGCAGAUUCAAAAGGGACCAAAGGUACUACACAGACUAUGCAAAUUUUAUGGCGAACAUGAUAGCAUGUGGUGAUGCAGAGAAAGUGCCGGAGAAAGAACUCUGUAAUACCCCUGUUUGGUAUAUCCCCCACCAUGGGGUAUACCACCCUCAGAAGCCUGGCAAGAUACGUGUAGUCUUUGACUGCUCUGCACAAUAUCAAGACACUUCGCUGAACAUGCACCUGCUUACAGGGCCUGACCUCACAAACACUUUGGUGGGAGUGCUCUGUAGGUUCAGGAAGGGCUCUGUUGCUGUAAUGUAUGAUGUGGAACGCAUGUUUCACCAGUUCCAUGUAACACCUCAAGACCAGGACUACUUACGCUUCCUGUGGUGGGAGCAUGGUGACCUAAGCGUUCCACCCUCAGUCUUUCGAAUGAAGGUUCAUCUCUUUGGCGCUGCUUCUUCUCCUGGCUGUGCCAACUUUGGGUUAAAACAUCUAGCCACGCAAGGUGAGGGAAAGUUCACUCCAAACACUGUAAGGUUCAUUCAAAGGAACUUUUAUGUAGAUGAUGGACUUGUUAGUGUUAUGUCAGAAGCAGAAGCCAUAAAACUAGUCAAAGAGGCAAGAGAACUGUGUAGCACAGGUAAACUAAGGUUACACAAGUUCGUAUCAAACAGUGAAAAUGUGAUAAAGUCAUUGCCGAGAGAAGAGUGUGCCGAAAGUAUUAAGGAUUUAGAUCUGGUGCUUGGAGAGCCAUUAAUGGAAAGGGCACUUGGUGUCCAGUGGUGCAUUUCUGCUGAUGAGUUUCAGUUCAGAAUAACUGUAAAAGACCACCCAAUGACAAGAAGAGGAAUCCUGCGCACAAUAGCAUCAGUGUAUGACCCACUGGGAUUUGUGGCACCGUUCAUCCUAAGAGGAAAGCAAAUCCUGCAACAGCUAUGUCAAGAGAAGGUUGGAUGGGACGAGCCACUCUCAGAUGAGCUCCGCACACAGUGGGAAUCCUGGCUCCUAGAUCUUCAAAACCUGUCAAAGGUGAAAGUUCAAAGACAUGUCUUACCUGCAAACACAGACAUUGCACAGUGUGAAUUACACCAUUUUUCAGACGCUAGUGUGACAGGCUACGGAGAGUGUAGUUAUUUAAGAACAGUAACAUCAAAGGGUGACGUUCAUUGUGCCCUAGUCAUGGGAAAGGCACGUGUAGCCCCAACCAAGGUCACUACUGUCCCUAGACUUGAAUUAACAGCUGCAGUUGUUGCAGCAAGAACAAGUGCAAUGUUAAGAAAUGAACUGGAGAUAAGUGAUCUUGAAGAACACUUCUGGACAGAUUCCAAGGUAGUGUUGGGAUACGUGAAUAAUGAUGCAAAGAGAUUUCACGUGUUUGUGGCAAAUAGGAUUCAGAGGAUACGGUCACUCACAGACCCACGACAGUGGCAUCAUGUACCAUCUGAAAGUAAUCCCGCAGACCAUGCAUCAAGAGGACUCAGUGUCCAACAGCUACUCAACUCUAACUGGUUUAAAGGUCCAGAGUUUUUGUGGCAAAGCGAGCUACCCACUGAAAAUGACAAGUUUACUGAAGUCAAGCCCAACGAUCCAGAACUAAAAACAGUACAUGUGUUCAACACCAAAGUAGAAGAAAGGAGAACAAUACUAGAGCGUCUCACCAAAUUCUCAGACUGGAGAAGAGCGGUUAAAGCUAUUGCUCGUCUACAGAAAUUUGUGAAGGAUUUUAAAGGACUCACCCAAACAAAAGGUGAAAACACAAGUGUUGAGGACAGACAAAAGGCGGAACUGUUCAUAAUAAAACUUGCACAAGAAAACACAUUCAGCAAAGAAAUCAAGGACUUAACUAGAGGAAAGGACAUUCAACUGAAGGAUAAGACACACAAGCUGUACAGCCUAAGUCCAUUUGUUGAUGAACAGAGAGUGCUCAGGGUGGGAGGACGUUUAACAAGAGCAACUCUGCACCCAUAUAUCAAACAUCCUGCCAUUAUUCCCAAAUCAAGUCAUGUGUCGUCUUUACUUAUUAAACACUACCACGAAAAGGUGCAGCAUCAAGGAAGAGGAAUAACUGUCAACGAGCUGCGCUCCAAUGGACUAUGGAUCACAGGAUGCAGCAAUGCAGUUGCUUCUCACAUCUACAAGUGCACAACCUGCAGAAAGUACAGGAGACAUACUCAAGAUCAACGGAUGUCCGAUCUACCAGAGGAUAGAAUGGAAACAACACCCCCAUUCUCCUACUGUGGAAUCGACUGUUUUGGACCUUUUUAUGUAAAAGAAGGUAGAAAAGAACUUAAAAGGUAUGGUCUUCUUUUCACAUGUAUGUGUUCUAGGGCAAUACAUAUUGAAAUGCUGGAUGACCUUACCACUGAUGCCUUUAUGAAUGCAUUACGUUGUUUUAUUUCUAUUCGUGGACAUGUAAGACAAAUCAGGUGUGACCAAGGUACUAAUUUUGUCGGUGCUAAGGGAGAGUUUGUGAAUGCACUAAAGGAUUUUGACAAAGAACAGUUGAAACAAUACGGAUGUGAGUUUGUUUUGAACACCCCCUCUUCAAGUCACAUGGGAGGUGUUUGGGAGAGGCAAAUUAGAACUAUUAGAAGUGUUUUAACUUCUAUUCUGGAUCACACUUCUAAGAGACUUGACAGUUCCUCACUCAGAACAUUUCUUUAUGAAGUCAUGGCUAUUGUGAAUAGCAGGCCAUUAACAGUAGAGAACCUAAAUGAUCCAAAUUUAGAACCUCUUACACCGAAUCAUAUUCUCAUGAUGAAGUCCAGUGUUAUUCUACCUCCUCCUGGUGAAUUUGUGAGCCAGGACCUGUACCUAAGAAAGAGAUGGCGCCAAGUUCAGUUUUUGGCCAAUGAAUUCUGGACAAGGUGGAAAAAGGAAUACCUUCUCAAUCUUCAACAGAGACAAAUCUGGCAAAGAGAUAAAAGGAAUGCAAAGGUGAAUGACAUUGUUAUUCUCCAAGAGGACAAUUCUCCAAGGAACAAGUGGAAAUUGGCAAGAGUAACAGAGGUAUAUCCAAGUGCAGAUAGAAGAAUAAGAAAGGUUAAGCUUUUGCUCAGUGAUUCAACCUUGGAUAAGGAUGGGAAAAGGACUGUUAAACCAGUGUACCUUGAUAGGCCAGUACACAAAACUGUGUUAUUGCUAGAAGCAGAAUAAAUGCUAAAAUGUAAACAUGUUCCUAUUAUAAUGUGUUCAAGUAGAAAUCACAAUAGUUUGUGAUUUGGUGGGAGUUUUACUGCCUUACUUUCAGUUAAUGUAUUUUGUUUUGCAUUAUGCACAUUUUAUAUGCCAUUAGGUCAUUUAUUGUAACAAUUCUCAAGUAGGAACUAUUGUGCUACAUGUUGGUUACACUGGUGCACCUGAGGGAGAUGCACACCCAUGUUGAUGUGAGCAUGGCAAAUCGAAGCGAGAGAAGCUAAUUUAAGUCAGAGAAGUUCGUCUCUUAAAGUAUCUGUAAAGCGCUCAUUUCUGCCUCAAGGCAUGGGUCAGCCAGCGAGUUCGACGGUGGCGUAGUUGUGAUUAAGAUGAAGCUGUAACAACCCCAAGACCUUACAACGAACAUUAAAGACAACUUCAUGCCAUCA